AUGGCCACCCCCAAUGUUCUUACCUUUGACGCUGAGGGGAGGGCCAUUGACUUUGCCGUCUGGAUUGAAGACCUGCAGCUGUACUUACUGUGUGAUGCGAUAGAUGAGGUCUCUCUCUUUGACUUUGUCUCUGGCGCUGUCCCUGCCCCACCUGCUGAUGCUGACUCUGCCGUUCGCUCCAAGUGCAAGACCGCUCAGGCCUUGUACGACGCUGUAGUUGCACGCUACUCCUCCCCUUCCUCCGCUACCCUUAGCCGCCUCAUGCUACCGUUUCUCUUCCCUGACCUCGCUUCCUUUCCCACUGUCGCUGACCUCGUUACCCACCUCCGUGCUAGUGACACCCGCUACCGCGCUGCCCUUCCUGCUGAGUUCCGCGCUGCGAACCCUCCUCCCAUGUACAUCACUCUCUACUUUCUCGUCACCCGUCUCCCUGAGUCCCUUCGUGUCGUUAGGGACCAGGGUGUGGUCCUUCCCCCCUGCUGCCCUCUGUCGCCUCUGCCGCUGCGGCCGACCUCACUGGUUUUGAGUCGGUCGGCGCGGCGUCUGCCCCCAGCGGCAGACGCCGCGCUGGCAAGGGCAAGGGGGGCAAGGGAGCGGGUGGAGCUAGAGGGGGCGGUGGAGGAGGCGGUGGGGGUGGCGGGGGGAGUGGGGGGUGGCGGUGGGGGUGGUGGCGGGAGUGGAGGUACUGGUGGCGGCGGUGGAGGCGGAGGUGGCGGCGGAGGUGGUAGCGGAGGAGGCGGUGGGAGCGGUGGGAGCGACGGUCCUGGUGGGGGAGGUGGAGGUGGAGACGGGGGUGGCGGUGGAGGCGGGGGUGGCGAGUGGAGGCGGGGGUCGGAGUGGCUCGUCCCAGCGGAGCAGCUCGGGGGGGUGGUCAGCGCCAGCAGCAGCAGCAGCAGCAGCCGCAGCAGCAGCCACAGCAGCAGCAGCGCUCUCGCACCGUCCCCGCCCCUCAGCAGCUCCGUGAGUGGUCCCCCCCCGGUAGUCCCCCUCCCCCCUCAGGGUCCUGCCCCUUCAGGUGUGUCCCAGGUAGACGCGGUCGAGCCUGUCGAGGUCACUGGUGACUCUGGUGCUGCUGCGGGAGCUGAGCCUGGGGGUGCGGAGUCUGGGGGUGCUGAGCCUGGAGGUGCCGAGUCUGGGGGUGCUGAGCCUGGGGGUGCUGAGCCUGGGGGUGCUGUGCCUGGGGGUGCUGAGCUGGAGGUGCCGAGUCUGGGGGUGCUGUGCCUGGGGGUGCUGAGCCUGGGGUGCUGA